CUGCAAAUUAUAUAGCCGGCCUUCAUUCAUUCCUCUCUCUCCACUUUUUGCCUCUUCUCAACCUCCGUUGAGAGAGAGAGAGAGAGAGAGACAAAAAAGCAGCACCAAAUCCUCAGUCACCCCUCUUUCAUAUGAAAACAUCUCUAGAUACAAAUGUUUGCUGUAUCUAUAUGUUUCUGAUAUAGCAAUAGAAUAUAAAAGUAUUCCUUUCUUCUUCACCAUUCUUCCCCCCGCAUGCAUUUUCGCCGUCUACAUAUGCAUAUAUAGCAUUAUAUAGAGCAGAAGCUGGGAUAAGUUUGGAUUUAGUGAUGUUGAACCUAAAUUUAACUAUUGAUCCUUCGAUACCGAUCGCUAAUCGAGCUGAAAUGGCGUCGGAUGAGCAUCUCAUACUAUCCGGCGAUCAAAUGGAGUAUUCCGGAAGCUCUAAUUCCUCCAUUGUUAAUGUGGAAACCUCGAGCACCGCCGGAGACGAGAACUCGUGUUCGAAUAAUUUCGUCGGUUUCGAUAUAUGGAAGAGCAAUGGUGAGUACGAGGAGAGCGAGAAAUCGAGCUGCGGUUACGUGACGAAGGAGUUUUUUCCGGCUAGUGGCGAAGUGCGGCCUACUCAGUGGUUGGAUCUCUCGGAGGAUCGUCGUGAGGUAGCGGAGGAGAUGAUUAUUGCUCAGCAGCAGCAACAGAAGAGGCAGCAGGUGAAGAAGAGUAGGAGGGGACCGAGGUCUCGCAGCUCGCAGUAUCGUGGCGUCACAUUCUAUCGACGUACCGGACGUUGGGAAUCUCACAUUUGGGACUGUGGCAAACAAGUUUAUUUAGGGGGAUUUGACACUGCACAUGCUGCGGCUAGGGCAUAUGAUCGUGCCGCAAUUAAAUUCCGGGGGCUGGAUGCGGACAUCAAUUUUAACUCCAGUGAUUAUGAAGAAGAUCUUAAGCAGAUGAACAAUUUAACAAAGGAAGAAUUCGUGCACAUACUCCGUCGCCAGAGUACAGGGUUCUCGAGAGGCAGUUCAAAGUAUAGGGGGGUAACAUUGCACAAAUGUGGACGAUGGGAAGCUCGGAUGGGACAGUUUCUUGGCAAGAAGUAUAUCUAUCUUGGAUUGUUUGACAGUGAGAUAGAAGCUGCAAGGGCGUAUGACAAGGCUGCUAUUAAGUGUAAUGGAAGAGAAGCAGUCACCAAUUUCGAGCCGAGCACAUAUGAUGAGGAGUUAAGCUCCGAGCCGGAAAUUGGAGCUGGAGAAAACCAUGAUCUAGAUCUAAACUUGGGCAUAGCUCCUCCUAAUAGAGCCAAUGUUCAAACUCGGGACAUGGAGAUGGGAAGCUUUCAGAUCCAGUCCUGCUCAAACAACCCUCCUGAAAAUACCGGAACAAAGGACUCUGCCUCAGUCACUGUGGGAGCUCAAUUGUCCCAUGGACACGUAAGUGCUUCUGGACGUCCUUUUAUCUGGAGUGGAGUGGAUUCCUCUUUCCAUCUGGCUCAUAAGGGAACAACAAUUGACAAGAGUGUGGAAGUUGAUCCAUCCACAAACUGGACAUGGAAGUCCCCAGAACAUUUUCAUGGGAAUCAUCCCUUACCUCUUUUCCCCAUUGCAGCAUCAUCAGGAUUCGCUACCUCAAGUUUCACUUCUUCUUCAGCUGCUAUUCACGAGUUGCCUUUCAACACAAGAUCACAAAACCAUUAUCCACCACCUGUCGCCAAUUCGAAUAAUAGAUCUCACUAUCGUUGGAGGUAAUGAAUAAGCAGCAGCCCAUGUCAGACCACCAUCUGAACCCGUCUCCCUCUUCACUGGAAGAACCAAUAAAAUUUAGGGGUUCUAAUUGACAGAAUUUUACUCAAAUGCUCAUACAAACUGCUUUGGUCCUUUAUUUUCAUUUUAUGGACAGCUUCUAAUGCUUCUGCUACUUUUAGUCUUUUACAUUCACCCCAGA